GCAGGCCGCGGGCUGUAGUCCGGGUGCUGCCGUGGGCAAGGUGUUUCGGCCGCGCUGGCUUUCCCUCGGCGUCCGGCAGCGCGGCCAUACGCCGCAGCUUGGGUCCGGUCGCCCCGGCAGGAUGUUGCCCCUCUCCAUCAAGGACGAUGAGUACAAGCCGCCCAAGCUCAACCUGCUCAGGAAGGUGUCGGGCUGGUUCAGGUCCAUCCUGAAGGACAAGACCUCCCGCAACCUCUUCUUCUUCCUCUGCCUCAACCUCUCCUUCGCCUUCGUGGAGCUGCUCUAUGGCAUCUGGAGUAACAGGUCUAAUAUCAGAUUCUUUUCAUAUGUUUUUUGACUGUACUGCUCUAUUGGCUGGAUUAGCAGCUUCAGUUAUUUCAAAAUGGAGGUCAAAUGAUGCUUUCUCCUAUGGGUAUGUUCGAGCAGAAGUACUUGCUGGUUUUGUAAAUGGUUUAUUCCUCAUCUUUACAGCAUUCUUCAUUUUUUCCGAAGGUGUUGAGAGAGCACUUGAGCCUCCUGAUGUGCAUCAUGAGAGACUUCUUCCUGUUUCUAUACUAGGAUUCAUUGUAAAUCUUAUAGGAAUAUUUGUUUUUCAACAUGGAGGUCAUGGGCAUUCACAUGGCUCUGGGCAUGAACACAGCCAUUCUCUGUUUAAUGGUGGUCUCAGCCACGGACACAGUCACGGAAGUCAUGGGCACAGCCAUGAACAUAAACACGGCCAUGGGCACACUCAUGAUCAUGGCCAUAGCCAUGGACACUCUCAUGGCCAGGAUUACUGUCAUGGUGACCAUUCGCUUGAAGGGAUGGCUGGAUCCAGCAAACAGAUUUUACAAGGUGUAUUUCUACACAUUGUUGCAGACACGCUGGGAAGUAUCGGUGUGAUCAUAUCUGCUAUAUUGAUGCAGAACUAUGGUCUAAUGAUAGCAGAUCCUAUUUGUUCAAUGCUGAUAGCACUACUUAUAGGUGUAAGUAUUGUUCCACUUUUAAAAGAAUCCAUUGGAAUUCUGAUGCAGCGAACUCCUCCUUCCCUGGAAAACGCUCUGCCCCAGUGCUACCAGAGGGUGCAGCAGCUGCAAGGAGUUUACAGUUUACAUGAGCCCCAUUUCUGGACCCUCUGUACUGAUGUUUACAUAGGGACUUUGAAAUUACUGGUAGCUCCUGAUGCUGAUGGAAGGUGGAUUCUAAGCCAGACUCACAAUAUUUUUACUCAGGCAGGAGUAAGACAGCUUUACAUACAGAUCGAUGUUGCAGCCAUGUAGUGAGUUCCUGAACUUGUGCUGUUGGACCAAAGUUUUCUGUACUGUACUGGUAGAACAACACACUUCUCGAGACAGAGCCUGCCUCCACCACUGCUCUGGAAUGGACUGAAUGGAUUUCUGCCCUUGGGCUAUGGAUGGACUCCCACCUCUAAGGAGUAAAUAUUGAAUGAAUGUUAUGGACUUUGGGUCUUGAUUUAUUUUGUGGCCCCUAAACUUCUAAGUUUUUGAGAGUUUUUUUACUUCCUAAGAUUAUGGUACUGGAAACCCUGUCAUGUCGUCAGUGAAGCUGCUGAAACCACUGCUCAUUCCCAUAAGACCAGUGUUCUCAACCAUUGGAAACUUUUUUUGUAGAUAAUGUCACAGUGGCUGACAUGCUUCGAUAUAAUCGUAUGUUUGUACAAUUGUUUGUACUUUGCAAACUUAAUGAACCAAACCAUAUUGGGUUUUCAAAGUGCCUUUUAUAUCAGGAUAGGUAUUUGCCAGCAUAAAUCAGGAGCAUCAAAGGGUUUUGUUACUUUUACAAAUAUCUUGUAUGCAGUCUGAUUAUUUACUAGUGACAUAUGUGGAGGUUUGUGUUACUCGCAUAACUGUAGAUGUUAGACUUCCCUUGCACUUCCAUCUUACCAGGCAGCAGAAUUCCAAUGUAAAAGGCAAAGAGACUUGCUUCCAAAACAAGCUGGAUAUCUUGUUGCACACCGUGUGGAAAUUAUUUUAGUCAGAAUAUUAGAUUUACUUCCAAUUCUUGGUCUCCUCAUACAGCUGAGGGUUAUGAGACAUUGCAUGAUGCUACUCGUGUUCAUAGUCCCUGCAACAACAGGCAGCUGCGGGAAGGUGCUGGUGAUGGAAGCAAUGCUUGAAGUGUUUUAUCUUCUGAAUUACAUGGUGGGAAAAAUUGAAGCUUUCACUAAACCAUUUAAGGAUUUAAUCUCCUUGAUUUUAAUAGGUUGUAAUGACUUUUAUUAAAGUGAUUGGUGAGAGAACUUUUGCCUUUCCAAAUACUGCAGACAGUUGUUCCUGUUGGUUACGCCUACAAUGGAAAUAAGGACCAUGGUUCAUGCUCUUUAAGAUUAGGCUUUUCCCUGGUUGACAAGUCUGGUGUUUUUUACUGUCUCACUGCAGCCUCGUGUGUUUUCAUGGAAAAAGAAAUUCUCCAUGCAGUACGCUUUGAUCCAAGUGUUGUUGCAAGACAAUCUGCUAUAGUUGGUAUUACAGGUGAUAAUUCCACUAUGCUGUACUAGUUAACUUAGCCAUGGAAGACUCCAAGAGGAUGUUUUACACACAGAGCAUUGUGGAGUCAAAAACAAGAUGGGCAUUUUUCUGAUAAAUCAUAGCCAGUACUGACUGGGAUGGACUUCUGGUGCUGGGAUGUUCUGGUACCUGAUACAUGGCAACACUGAAAUCGAGGCCCUCUGAGGCUGACAGUGUCUUUGUAGUAAGUACCGGGCACUGUGAAAGUACCUGAGAUUCAUUGUGGAAAUGGUUUGCCACUGGUGUUGAUGAAUUCACCUCGAAGGUGAAGUUUCUUGCAUUCCUUCUGUCAUUCCUAUAGAGCACCUGAAUUUUUAUCUUUAAUGUGAAAACAUGAUGGUUGCCAAAUUGAUAGGUUGUUCCUGAAUUUUCCAGGUGAGAUAUUGAAACUCGAAUGUUGAUUUUGUGCAAAGCUUGGGGAUAUACUCCUGUGCUUGAAUUGAAAACCGGGCGUGAAGAAAAACAGCAGUAGAAAGCCACAUACAUAUUGCUUUUAAGCUUUACAGCCUCCUCCAGUCUUCACAUCCUUCUUUUUCCCUAUUGCUGGUACCUGAUGCUGUUCGGUUCGCCUGGGGAUGCCGGCAGCACUGUUCCACAUCUCUCCUGGCCUCCUGCUUGCACCCGGCUGGCUCCCUCCCUGUCUGCCCUUUGUAGGUGCUCUGCCAGGCCUGCAGUUCCUGACUGGAGGAUGGGAUCAGACAGCUCCACAGCACGGGGCAGGGGGCCAGAAUCUGCUGAGCAGGUCCGAGUGCUGCAGUUUAAGAUACCACUUGCAUGUAUGUUCACAAACAAGGUAACUAAAAUCUGGUUCUGAUUACAGGGCAGAGAUCCCUCAUUGCUGCUUUGUAUGUUGCUUCUUGCUGAUUGACAGCAUGAUGUCUUGCUUCUUAUUUUUUGUUCUAGUUAUUACUCUUUGAGGCUAGAGAAGAUCAACUGGUAUCACUUUCAAGACGAGCACCAGACAAGUUCAUUGCAAUUGCGUCAUGAUCCAAGAGCCAGGCUCUGGUUUAAAUCACUCUUACACCAGUGUGUUUCAGGACUGGUGAAACACACACGGACCUGGUGAAGCACUGUGGUGCUGCCGGAGCUGCUGAGCACGGCCACUGAUUUAGUUUUCCUAACGAAAAGACAACAGUUACAGUUUGUUUCCAAGUGCGAAUCUGCCUGAAUGGCAAUUGGGUUUCCUUGGUGGUGGUUCUCUUUUAGAUGUACAUCUACAAACUCUUUAUAAAAUGUCUGGGAAAUGGAGUGAAAAAGCCCUUCAGCUGGUUAUAAUCACCCAGUACAGACUGGAAUGAUUUUUGACAUCUUUUUGUUGCUUAUUAUGACUUGUCCAUAUGCUAGCAACAGGUAAGUCAGUUUUCUAACUGAGAUAGCACUUUCUUCAUUAUUUUUGAGGACAAAUUGAUGUUUCAUAGUAAGAAAUGGAUCGUUUGUUUGUUAAACAUAAUCAAGGCUGGUGUAGGGAAGUCAGAUUCCAAGGAGACUUUAAGCCUUUUUAGGCUUGCUGAAAACCAAGCAUCACAAAACUCUCCAAAAGACAGUAGAUGAUGACAUGUCCAAUAGGCAACAACCACCACAUCUGGUAUGUCAGUAACCAAAGUGACAGCGGAGUUCUUACUUACCUACUAAGGGGAUGCUUGCUCGGGUUUUAGGAGAGGACAGAUCAUGCAAUUCAAAGUGCAGCUUCUCUUCUCAUGACUGUCAAAGUGCUGUUAUUUCCUGGUUUGCUAAUUCCUAACACUUGGCUGCUUUUAGAACAUUCUGCUUUUAAUGCUUGCUGGCAGACACACCAUUUCAGCAAGGAUUCGUGUGAAGGACUGACAACCAGACAGAGAUGGGUCAGUGUCUGCAGAUCAUCUGCUAAAACUCAGCCUCCUGCUAUGCAGCACUGAGUUUUGAAGCAGGGUUUCAGAGUGUGCUUUUCUCAUGUUUCCAUGUAGCUGAAGCUUACUGUGGGGUUACUGGUCUAUCUCGGGAAGGGGAGAGGGGGAAUAAUGUUCUGGUCCUCUGUAGGCUCAUCCUGUAAGUCUCUGCGUGUGGAUAAACUUGUUCCUCACAUCAGUAGCCCCUACAGAGAGCUUCAUUUCUGGUGUGAUUUGCUGAGCCAAGGCAAAAAGUGCUGGUCCAAAUAACUGACUCUGCUCUUUAUGUAAUAGUGCUUACUCAAGCGAGAGUUUAAUUGCAUCAUUAGAGCCGCUGACACAGUAUUUACAUAAAAGUGGAAACUGCUGCUGCUAAUAAAAUGGACCGUCAUGACUCUUAACA